AUGAACGGCGCGCCCGCGGCCAGCGAGCUCCCACUCCCCACCACCGCGAGCCAUGCCCACGGCUCCCUAGCAGACCUCCUGCCCUCCCACUUCACAACAGACAUCACGACCUGGCUAGCCGAAGACACUCCCUCCUUUGACUACGGCGGUUUCGUCGUCGGUUCAUCUCCUCGCACAGCCCAACUCUUAUGCAAGUCCUCCGGCAUUCUAGCCGGUGUCCCGUUCUUCAACGAGGUCUUCCACCAGCUUGAGUGCAAAGUCGAGUGGCAUGUGAACGAGGGCACGUUCAUUGAUACGAGCAAGAGUGGUAAGGUGAAGGUCGCAACCGUCAGCGGGUCUACAAGAAAGCUACUACUGGGCGAAAGAGUCGCGCUGAAUACACUGGCGAGGUGCAGCGGCGUAGCAACCAAGAGCAGGAAACUGCUCGAUAUGGUUCGAGAAGCAGGCUACACGGGCAUCAUAGCCGGCACGCGAAAAACAACACCCGGCUUCCGCCUAGUAGAGAAAUACGGCAUGCUGGUAGGCGGCAUUGACGGCCAUCGCCACGAUCUAAGCAGCAUGAUCAUGCUGAAAGACAACCACAUCUGGGCGAAAGGCAGCAUUACGAAUGCAGUCAAGGCCGCGAGGUCAGUUGGAGGGUUCGCGCUAAAGAUUGAGGUGGAGUGCCAGAGCGAGGCGGAGGCGGAUGAGGCGAUUGAGGCUGGGGCGGAUAUUGUUAUGCUCGAUAAUUUCGACGGGGAAGGGUUGAAGGUCGCGGCGAAGAGUUUGAAGCAGAGAUGGAGGGGAAAUAGGGAGGUGUUGCUGGAGAGCAGUGGAGGCUUGACGGAGGAGAACGUUGGCGGUUACAUCAACAAUGAUAUCGAUAUCAUAAGUACGAGCUCGGUGCAUCAGGGGGUGCCGCAUGUGGAUUUCUCGUUGAAGAUCGAUCACUAG